AUGGUGAAUCCAAUGACAAAUAAAAUUAAUUCACUGGACGUUGAAUGCGAGCUGAGCUCCGACUCGUCCGACGGCGAUGUGUUGGUCGGAGAUGUGUCCGGAAGACCGACCGCUCUUCAGAGCCGAACGCAUAGACUUAAAACAAUUAUCGACCCGUCGUUUGAGCCAAAAAUACUGCGGAAGAAUAAGUCGAUAACUCGGGCCGAAUCGACCGGUUCUCUGGCCAAUGAAAGCAAAGUAUUGGUACUAUUCUCGGGCGGAACCAUCGGAAUGAUGAAGAACCAUAAGGGAGGUUUGUGUACC